UUUAUUUACGUUCAAUCGGCGCUUCCCUUUCGAGAAGUGCGUCCGCCCCAUGAACGAAGGCGAACUUAAACGGACCGGAAGUCGCGGUUUCCACAGCAACCCGUGUAAACAGUUUGCGAGGGCAGCUGGAAACUAUCGCAUUUAUUCAUUUGCGGGCACUUUCGUCCAACCCGGGGUGAACGUAGAAGUGUUUGAAAUGGCGGAGAUGAACAGGAGAAUGAUUAAAAAUCUGGCAGAAAGCAUCUCUAAAGAGGUUAAACACUUUAACAAAACAGAGGUCGAACAUCUCAUCAGACAGUUUAAUAGUCUGGUUGGAAAGCAGAGUGAUCGGAGAGGAGGGAGCGGUCUAGAUCGAGCAAGAUUCCGGAACAUAUUGCACAACACAUUUGGACUCACAGAUGAUAUGAUGAUGGACAGAGUUUUCCGUGUAUUUGACAAGGACAACGACAGUUAUGUCAGUGUGAAGGAGUGGAUAGAGGGGUUAUCAGUCUUUCUACGUGGGACAUUCGAUGAGAAAAUAAAAUACUGCUUUGAUAUCUAUGACCUAAAUGGAAAUGGAUACAUCUCCCGUGAAGAGAUGUUUCACAUGUUGAAAAACAGCCUGAUCCGUCAACCAACAGAGGAGGACCCAGAAGAAGGGGUUAAAGACUUGGUGGAGAUCGCUCUUAAGAAAAUGGAUCAUGAUCACGACAGCCAACUUUCAUAUGCUGACUUUGAGAGGGCAGUAAAGGAUGAAAGUCUCUUACUUGAGGCUUUUGGAACUUGCCUUCCAGAUGCAAAGACUCAAGUCUUGGAGCUCUGCUGGGGUCAACAUCCUCCAGUGUAUCUGAGCUGGACGAGAUGCGGGCGCAGGUCAUCGUAUCAGGAGGAGAACACGGUGGAGCUGAACAGGCAGCUGGGGGACAAGCUGGGGAUCAGAGAUGGAGAGCAGGCUUUCCUACGACCGUGUCAGCAGGUUCUUUCAGUCCAGCAAGUGUUUGUGGAACCUUUGUCUUCAGAUGACUGGGAGAUACUGGAACUCCACAGUUCAGUGCUUGAGCAAAAACUUCUGGACCAAAUUCGAGUGGUUUUUCCCAGUGGCAUAUUCCCUGUGUGGGUGGAUCAGCACACGGUCAUCUUCAUAAGAAUAGGCUCCCUUUCACCACCCGUGGUCUACGGCCGCCUGGAGCAGUGCACAGAACUCGUUGUCUCACCAAAGUCACGUGGAGACAGGGCGCUCCAGGCUGUUGUGCAUCCAGAUUCUGCAUGUACUCCAGGUACUAGCCAGAUUCAGAGCUUACACCAGUGGGAAAACCUGGGAGUACAAGCUCUCAAGCCCUUUAUGGGCAGCGACCCAGUGGAGACCAUUGAGGAUCACCUCCAGGAUCGCAAUGAACAUCCCAACCAUGGCUCCUGGGGUGGAAUUACUGACCUGCGGAGCUUAGUCAGGUACAUGUUCACUGGGAGCUUCAACCCCAGGAAGGAAGUUCCCAAAGUUCCGUCCAUUCCACUCAUCCUGAGGGACUGUAUCCUCCGAGUGAGUGGGCAUCCACCCCCCAUGGACACUCACAAAAGCAGAAGCCAAGGCACUGUCCAUGUCCUCCCCUGGAGUGUCAGCGAGGUUUAUCAGGGUGGACAGGAGCCUGUCGUAACGUAUGGCUGGCUUACUAGGCUCUGCUCCCCCUGGGAGCUCAGAGAAGAUGCCCAGCGUGCCUCUGAGAAAAAAAAAGUUGGUGAAGACUCACCCUCCAGGGACAACUUGGCAAGUUCUGAUGAGGACCAACCGGAGCCCCUGGUGGUGGAGAUAGUUUGUCACUGUGAGCAGGAGCUCCUAAAGGAGCCGAGCAGUGGCAGGGGGACAGCUCUCUAUAGCGGCAGUGUUUGGAUUCCAAAACCCUUGAGAAGAAGGCUGAAUAUUGAACUCCAUUCAGCUGUCAGGAUUCAGCCACUGAAGUCAACUCCUAGAAUAGCCCUUGCCCUCAGACUACAGCCAUUACAGUCGCUGCCACAAAAUAUCAGUGAAGAGGACCUUCAGUCUGCAUUCUUGGCCUGGCUGCAAUCUGAAAGCUCAAAAGUCCUGUCGUUUUUAUCAGGGCGUUCCAGUUUCCUCCACAUGCCCGUCAGAGAAGAAAGUGUGGAGUUUGCCAUGACUGUGCUGAAGCCGGAACGUGAGGGCAAAGCAUCCAAUGAGGUUUUCUUGUUGACCACAAGUUUACUGCAGAAAGAGAACAUUCAGAUUGUUAAAGAGGUGCUAGCUAUCCCUCUGAAGCCUGUGAACCCUCCCGAUGACCAUCACAUCACAUUUCCCUCCUUCGAAAGCUUAGGAGGGGUGAAGGAUGUUGGCAGAGCAGCAUUUGAGCACAUCUCCCACAGCCUUAUGGCGGGACCUCUGUCUCAGGAGCUGCUGUGCAGUGGUCAAGGGCUCAGGAGUGGGGCUGUCCUCAUCACUGGACCCAAGGGAAGUGGGAAGACGUCACUUGCCAAAGCACUUUGCAGAAAAUCUGUUGAGGACCUGGAUGCUCACAUUGAAGUGAUUUAUUGUAAAACACUUAAAGGAAAGCGAGUGGAGACUGUGAGGCGCAGGCUAGAGGAGGUGUUCGAGCAGGCUGCCUGGAGAGAGCCUGCUGUGGUCCUGUUGGACGACCUGGAUCACAUGGCAGGAGCAGCUUCCUCGCUGGAACAUGAGCGAGGCCCUGAGGCCAUCCGCUCUCUGCAGCUGGCUCAGAGUCUGAUAGAUGUGCUGAGCAAAGCUAUGUUGAAUGGCAGUCUUGUGGCCGUGAUUGGCACCAGCUUGAGCGAACACAGCCUCCACCCGUCCCUGGUCGAGAUGCAGGGCUCUCACCUCUUCCAGUACUUCACCUCAUUGCAGAGUCCAGACCUGCAGCAGAGGGUUGAGAUCCUGAGCGCAGUGCUGCACAGCAGGACUGCCCUCUCCCCAGCUAGUCUGCGCUCACUGUGCCUGGAGGAUGUGGCCAGGGAGACAGAGGGCUGGCAGCCCAGGGACCUCACCCUGCUGGUGGAGAGAGCCAUCCAUGCCCAUGUGCUUCAUGGCCAGGCCAGCGCUACCUCAGAUUUGCACUUGUCCAUUGCGGACUUCCAGCAAGGCCUGAAGGGCUUCAAACCCCCCUCCCUUUGGCAGGCCCGGCUUAACAGCCCGGGAGGAGCUGGCUUGGAGCAGGUCGGGGGGCUGCGUGAGGUUCGCCAGGUUCUGAUGGACACUAUCCUACUCCCAGCCAAGUACCCCACCCUGUUCUCUAGACUGCCCAUCCGCCAUCGCUCAGGCGUGCUGCUGUAUGGAGCCCCAGGUACAGGAAAGACCCUGCUGGCCGGGGCCGUGGCCCGGGAAAGCAGCAUGAACUUCAUCAGCAUAAAGGGUCCCGAGCUUCUCAGCAAGUACAUCGGUGCGAGCGAACAGGCCGUGCGAGACCUUUUCCAAAGGGCCCAGUCCGCCAAGCCGUGCAUCCUGUUCUUCGAUGAGUUUGACUCCUUGGCUCCACGUAGGGGCCAUGACAGCACCGGUGUAACCGACCGGGUGGUCAACCAGCUCCUCACCCAGCUGGAUGGUGUCGAGGGGUUGCAGGGUGUGUACGUGCUGGCUGCCACGAGUCGUCCUGACCUGAUCGAUCCUGCCCUCCUGAGGCCUGGCCGGUUGGACAAGUGCCUGUACUGCCCCCCUCCUGACAAGGAAGCCCGGCUGGAGAUUCUCCAGGCCCUGACCCGCUCCAUAGCCCUGGCUGCAGAUGUGGACCUGGAGCAGCUGGCCAGUGCCACAGAGUGCUUCACAGGGGCAGACCUGAAGGCCCUGCUGUACAACGCCCAGCUGGAGGCUGUGCACAGUGGGCUUGGGCCCAACAUCCUCCAUGACCUGGGUUCAGGCUCCGACAGCGAUGCCAGUCUGUCCUCCAUGAUCUUCCUUAACCAGAGUAGCGGAUCGGAUGACUCUGCCGGGGAAGGGGAGGGCGGCCUGGAGCAGUCCAUGGUGCUGCUGGAGCCUGGCGAGGCGGGCAUUGAGGACCCCCGGCAGAACGUGUGGCGCCUGUACUUUGGCAGCUCUUAUGAGUCUGAGCUGGGCAACCCAUCUCCUUCUGACCUGAAUUCCCAGUGCCUGUCAGGCCCUAACUCUGUGACUCAUGACCUGACGGGGGCAUCGCUGCGGGACCCUGGUAACUUGGCUGCGCCUGCAUUCAUGGCCUCCCUGCAGGAGGGCUUCCAGGAACUGAGCCAGGAGAAGCUGGAGAGGCUGCGCACCGAGAUCAGCUGCAUCAAGGCCAACUUGCGAGGGAGGAACAUGGAGGAGUCUGUCCUGCCGCCAGCAGAGCCAAGCAAGCCAGCCUUCGUCAUCUGCCAGGCACAUCUGAGCUCGGCCCUGUCCGGCACCAGAGCUUCCAUCAGCCGCCAUGACUGGAGGAAGUACACAGAGCUGUACGAAGGGUUUGGAAAUUCAGAUGGAACGUCUCAGAGUUUCCCUGCUUUGAAACCUGGACAAAGGGUGACUUUAGCAUAAAGUGUUUUUGUACACACACACAGCUGUGUACUUGCUGCUCUACAAGACUGAAGCA